AUGUCUGCCAACCUGGACAAGUCCCUCGAUGACCUCGUCGGUAACCGCCGCCGCAACGUUCGCGCCGGUCGCAACAACCGUCGUGGCGCUGCGAAAGCCUCUGUCGGAGGUGUGAAGAAAUCUGCCAAGGCAACCAAGCCGGCCGCAAAGGCUGUCCACCCUACUCCUGCGCCAACUGCUUCUAGCAAGAUCAUCGUGAGCGGAUUGCCUGCCGAUGUGUCUGAGGGCAAUAUCAAGGAAUACUUCACCAAGUCUGCAGGUCCCAUCAAGAAGGUGAUGCUCACCUAUAACCAGAACGGUACCAGCCGAGGCAUUGCUUCGAUCAUCUUCGCCAAAGCCGACACCGCUGCGAAGGCUGCCAAGGAGCUUAAUGGACUUCUGGUUGAUGGCCGUGCCAUGAAGAUCGAGGUUGUUUACGAUGCCUCUCACGCCCCGGCGGUUCCCGCUCCCAAGCCCCUCAACGAGCGCAUCGCUGCUCAGAAGGCCAAGGCCAAGCCUAAGCCCGCCACUGUCACCAAGGCAGCCAACACCAACACCAACACUGCUACCCGUGGUCGUGGUGGCCGCGGCGCUCGUGGCCGCAACCCCGGUCGUGGCAAGCCCAAGAGUAUCGAGGAGCUUGAUGCUGAGAUGGUCGACUAUUUUGCUGGUGGUGAGACUGCCCCUGCUGACAACAGUGUCCCCGUCAAUGGAGCUGCUCCUCAGGCCACCGUUGGUGAGGACCAGGGCAUGGCCGAGAUUUCCUGA